AUGGCACCUCCUUCGGCGACUACGACAGUUGGUCACAGCGCGUACUUACCUACCAGCAAUGGCAGCAGUGCGCCUGCCAAUGGCCACAAGAAUGGCGCCGGGAGACCGCCGCCGCCCAUUCCGAAGAUGAUGAAGCGCUGGGUGGUCCGCAACUUCACCGGGCCGGAAGGGCUUGAGAUUGAGGAAGACGUCCCAAUGCCGGAGCUCGGUCCCAACGACGUUCUCGUAAAACUCUCUGCCGCAUCCCUCAACUACCGCGACCUCGUCGUAACGCGGGGCCAAUACCCAUGGGCGCUCACCCUCCCCGUCGUCCCCUGCUCCGACGGCGCCGGCACCGUCGCGGCCGUCGGCCCGCGGGUCACCUCUUUCGCGCCCGGCGACGCCGUCGCGACGGUCAUGAACGGCGCGCACCAGUUCGGCCCCAUGCAGCCGGCGAAGCACCUAGAGCACGUGCUAGGCGGAUCGAUGCCAGGAACGUUGACCGAGUUUGGUGUAUUCCCCGAGGCGUAUUUGAUUAACAUGCCGAGGAACCUGACGAUGGUCGAGGGCAGCACGCUGAGCUGCGCGGCGCUGACGGCGUGGGAUGCGCUGUACGGGCUGGAAGGGAAGCAGGUGAGGCCGGGGGAUUGGGUGUUGACGAUGGGGAGUGGGGGUGUGAGUUGUUUUGCUGUGCAGUUCGCCAAAGCCGCCGGCGCCAAAGUCAUCGCGACAACCUCCUCGGACAAAAAGGCGGAACGACUCCGCUCUCUCGGCGCGGACCACGUGGUCAACUACCGUGAAGUGCCCGACUGGGGCGCCGCCGUCACCGCACUGACGCCCGACGGCGCAGGCGUCGAUCUCAUCGUCGAGGUCGGCGGCGCCACGACGUUGAAGCAGUCCCUAUCCGCUAUCAAGGCCGGCGGCCUCAUCUCCCUCGUCGGCUUCCGCGGCGGAGCCCCCGACGCCUCUACGCCCGACCUGGAGCCGCGCCUCCUCGACGUCUUCUUCCGCUUCUGCGUCGUGCGCACCAGCUUCGUCGGGCCGCGGACGCAGUACGAGGCCAUGAACCGGGCCAUCGAGGCGUUCGAUAUCAAGCCCGCCAUCGACGAGCGGGUGUUCGAGUUUGGCGAGGCGAGGGAGGCGUUUGCGUAUAUGGAAAGCCAGGGCCACUUUGGAAAGGUCUGUGUGAAGCUUGAGUGA